AUGCAACAGGCCUUACUAGCAGCAGGAAAAUCCUCAUGUGUUAUGUCUAAUCGCCAACAUGAACAUUGGGUCUCUUCACAGUCUCUGGAACUUAUAGAUGCUCGCCGGCAUAUUCUGGCUGGAAGCGAACACAAUGAAACUCGCAAAGCGCUCCGGGCAAAACUCCGUGCUAGCCUGAAGAGAGACCGCGAAUCCUGGUGGUCUCGUCGUGCAACAGUGAUGGAAAUGGCCGCUGCCCAUGGUAACCAUCGUGAAUUAUUCCGUCUUAUACGGGAAACGGGCAGCAGGAGACCAGGUGUUAGUGAAACUAUACGUGACGAGAGUGGACAGACUAUCCACAACUUAGCAAAACGCCUGGAACCUUGGGCUGAGCAGUUUGAAAGGCAAUUUAAUCGGUCGGAGUUGUUAGAUUUCUCGCCGACCAGUGAACGCCUUGCUCACUGCGCUGUUCCUUUGGAUCCACCGUCUCGCUCAGAAGUCGAACAUGAGACCAAACUGUUGAAGUUAAAUAAAGUCGCGGGACUUGAUGACCUUCCUCCAGCCCUCUUCAAAUUCUGGGGACCUGCUCUUGUGGAUAAUUUACACGAGUUACUAGUGAGACUGUGGGAGCAGGAAACUGUCGCAACCGAUUGGAAUCGCUCCAUCAUAGUCCCAAGUUUCAAAGGAGGCUCAUGA